AAAAAAAGUCUCAAAAAUAUCUUAAAAGACAUGUAUCUGAUCUUUUCGUAGCGCCAAGCUUCUUCACCUUGACUGAAGACGACCGGAUCAAAAUCUCGGACAUAAAAGUUCGGACAAUUAUUUUUCUUACUAAACAAACCCAAAACCAAAAUCUCAGUUUAAACUCCAACCAGUUCAUCUUCCAGAUCCUAAACCGCUUAUCUCCUAACAGAUCUACAUAUAUGGCGGUUACUCACUGAUUCAGACACGGCAAAAAAGGACUUCACUUUUUCAUCACUUCAAUGGCGGAUCCUCGAAACGGCAAGUCCUUCCUUUUCACCUUCUACUUUAUAAUCACCCUCACUCUGCUUUUUAUCUCGCCGUCGUAUGCCAACGAGUCUCCGGCUAUCGUUGACGAAACAGAAGACGUUGUUUCCACCGAUGUAGCUGCGUCGGUUACCGAACCCACCCGAGAAGAUGCUCUAUUGCACAAACUCGAGGAACUCGUCAAGAAUCUGACCGAGAUCGUCUCGAAUCUGGACGCUAAGUUAUCUGAAUCGAAGAACGAGAUCUCUAAAUCAGAUGAUGAAGCCAUCGGAGGAGGAGGAGCCAAGGCGUUCUCAGUGACAAAGUACAGCCCCUUUUGGACGGAGAGAUUCUCCUUCACAUCGGCAGUGAAGCUCGACUCCGACGCCACGUGUAUCAACGUCUUGCCGUUUAAAGACUUGGAAGGCUCGAGCAAGUACUUCGCGAUCGGGGACUCUAGAGGUAGAGUUUACGUGUUCUUGAGAAACGGUGACGUUUUGAUCGAGUUCUUCACCACCGUUGAUUCCCCCGUCACAGCUAUGGUUUCGUAUCUUUCGAUGUUUAAGAACUCGAGUUUCGUCGUCACUGGUCAUCAGAACGGCGCCGUUUUGUUCCACCGGAUCCACGAGGGAUCGAGUGGAGAAGACUGGAACUCCAACUCGGUCUCGAUGGAACACGUCGGGGCUUUCGACGUGGAUGAUUCGGCUGAUCCCGUGACGCUGUUGGAAGUGCACCACGUGGGUCGUGUUCGGUACGUUUUAGCGACGGAUCUCAGCGGGAAGCUGACGGUUUUAACCGAGAACCGGACGGUUUACGGUUCGGUUAUCCCGACGAGUAGACCGCUAGUGUUCUUGAAGCAGAGGCUGUUGUUCCUCACCGAGUCUGGCGCCGGUUCGUUGGACUUGAGGAGCAUGAAGAUAAGAGAAACCGAAUGCGAAGGACUAAACCAUUCUCUUGCGAGAAGCUACGUUUUCGACGCGACGGAAAGGUCCAAAGCUUACGGAUUCACAUCGGAAGGCGAGAUCAUUCACGUGCUGCUUCACGGAGAUAUAAUGAACUUCAAAUGCAGAGUUAGAUCCAAGAAAAAGUUUCAAAUGGAGGAGCCAGUCGCGUUACAAUCAAUCAAAGGUUACCUUCUUGUAAUCAACGAAGACAAAGUUUUCGCUUUUAAUGUAUCGACUCAGCAUUACGUACGAACCGCUGGUCCUCGCCUCUUGUUCUCCGCUGGUUUGGAAGAGAUCAGAUCCUCGUUCUUGAGCCAUCGUCAGUCCUCUUCGAGAAAUGUAGGUGUAAAGGCGAGGCCUUUGAUAGCUAGCGACAGAGAGAAUCUUCUUGUGAUGGGUUUAGGAGACGGGUACUUCGGUGUUUACAAGUCGAAGCUUCCGAGUCUCAAAGGAGAGUUCAACACAAUGCUUUGGAGCAGUCCUGUGUUCUUCUUCAUACUGUUUCUAUUCGGAGCUUGGCAUUUUUUUGCAAAGAAGAAAGAGUCUCUCACGGCCUGGGGACCAGAUGAUCCUUUUACUCCGACGGCAGCUGGACAGAACAGCUCCGCGAAAGAGCCGAGUUUUACUGAGCCUGCUAGGAGAAGCGAUGACCUCAUGGAUCUACGUAGAAGGUACGUUGGUGCGUCGCCGUAUCGUAACGACCAGAGUUCGAGAGCUCCGGUGGAUGGAGGAGGGUACAGAACAACGGCACAGGAUCAUAAUAACUAUCGAGGCGGGUCGGGGCUUGAUUCAAGCGGGUUUGGUAAUAGAAGAGAUAGUUUGUAUGGUAACAACAAAGUUAUGGACGACGAGAGUUAAAAAGAAUAUCUGUGACUUUUUGCAUUUGAAUUUUGACGUGUAAGAAAGUUAAUACACUUUGUAAUUCUUGGGCUUUUUGUUAUUCCUUCCUUUUGUAAUUUUACAGAUAUUCUCUUCAAAA